UUUUUUAUUAUAAUCAUUAUCAAUGUUUGCUACUGUUUCAUCUAAAAGCCCAGAGGCUCUUCUUUCCUUUACUACCAAUACAGCGACAACAUUGUUACCUAUAAACAACAAUAAUCGACGGAAGAUGUAUAAUAAAUAUCGAUACAACAAUAGACAACUACCACCAUUAAAUGAAUUCAUUGCUAAUGUAUUCAAACGAUCAAAGCUAUCACCUUGUGUCUGUUUAGUUUCGCUUAUUUAUCUUCAACGAUUAAAAUCAUGUUUACCAAGUCAUGCAUGUGGACAAGUGGAUACACCUUAUCGCUUAUUUUUAGCUGCUAUCCUUACAGCAUCCAAAUUUCUAUCUGAAACAGGCACCUGCCUGACAAGUCAAGCGAUGGUGGUGAUGACAGAUUAUGCUUAUUCCUCAAAAGAUAUCAACAUGAUGGAAAGAAGCUUCCUUGGACUCAUUAAAUAUAAUUUAUUUGUAAAUGUUGAAGCCAUCAAGGAUUAUUUGGCUAUUCACGGAAAGGUUCUGGAGAUGGACUUGAUUGAAGAAAUCUAGACCUUUUUUCUGUAACAUUUUGUGUGCGUGUGUAUAUAUUUAUAUAUAUUUUUUUUCUGUGUUGUAUGUAAAUACUUUUUUUACUUUUUAUCUCUCUUUUCUUUUUUUACUUAAUAAAUAAUAAUAUCAUCAUAUCAAAUGACUAAGGAUGACAGCCCAAAUGAGAAUAAACCAAUGCAC